CGCACACAUAUUAGCGACUCAUUUGGCAAAUAUUUACAAAUUUAAUUUAAAUUGAAAAUGCUUCUUACUUUGCAAUGUCAGUGCUGCUUAGUUCAUCGACUGAAGGAGCUGCGCGCAUUCGAUUGAAGAGACUACAACAACAACAACAACGACCAGUUGCGACGAUGUUGAGGACGAUUCACUCGACCUGUGUCGGUUUGCUGCUCUGCUGCUUAGUUCCGUCGUCUGUGGCCGAUGUGGAUGGCACCAUAUCCCCCAUCAUCGGCGUGCUCGCCCAGGAGGUCUAUCCAAAUGGCCUGAUUGCCAGAAACUUCAAUGCCACUAGCUACAUAGCCGCCUCCUAUGUGAAGUUCGUGGAGGGCGCUGGCGGGCGGGUGGUGCCCAUCGGCACUGGACACAAUCGCAGCUACUACGAGCAGUUGCUCAAGAAGAUCAAUGGUCUACUGCUGCCUGGCGGCGCGACUUACUUCAACGAGACAAACGGCUAUGGUGAUGCGGGCGAGCACUUGAUAGCCGUGGCCAAGCAGCUGAAUGAUAACGGCACUUAUUUUCCGGUGUGGGGCACGUGCCUGGGCAUGGAAUUGCUUGUCUUCAAAAUGGCAAAUAAUACGGAAACGCGCUCUAAUUGCCAGUCCAUAGGACAGUCUCUGCCACUGGAACUGAAACCGGACUACAGAAAGAGUCGUUUGUUUGCCGGCGCCAGCGAGGAGCUCAUCGGGAAGCUGAGCAAGGAGAAUGUCACCUAUANAAUUUAAAUUGAAAAUGCUUCUUACUUUGCAAUGUCAGUGCUGCUUAGUUCAUCGACUGAAGGAGCUGCGCGCAUUCGAUUGAAGAGACUACAACAACAACAACAACGACCAGUUGCGACGAUGUUGAGGACGAUUCACUCGACCUGUGUCGGUUUGCUGCUCUGCUGCUUAGUUCCGUCGUCUGUGGCCGAUGUGGAUGGCACCAUAUCCCCCAUCAUCGGCGUGCUCGCCCAGGAGGUCUAUCCAAAUGGCCUGAUUGCCAGAAACUUCAAUGCCACUAGCUACAUAGCCGCCUCCUAUGUGAAGUUCGUGGAGGGCGCUGGCGGGCGGGUGGUGCCCAUCGGCACUGGACACAAUCGCAGCUACUACGAGCAGUUGCUCAAGAAGAUCAAUGGUCUACUGCUGCCUGGCGGCGCGACUUACUUCAACGAGACAAACGGCUAUGGUGAUGCGGGCGAGCACUUGAUAGCCGUGGCCAAGCAGCUGAAUGAUAACGGCACUUAUUUUCCGGUGUGGGGCACGUGCCUGGGCAUGGAAUUGCUUGUCUUCAAAAUGGCAAAUAAUACGGAAACGCGCUCUAAUUGCCAGUCCAUAGGACAGUCUCUGCCACUGGAACUGAAACCGGACUACAGAAAGAGUCGUUUGUUUGCCGGCGCCAGCGAGGAGCUCAUCGGGAAGCUGAGCAAGGAGAAUGUCACCUAUAAUUAUCAUCGCUUCUGCUACACGCAGCAGAGCUUCACCGUGCCCAAAUUGAACAACUCGUGGCGCAUCAUGUCCCUCAAUCAUGACGUGAAUGGCUUGGAAUUUGUGUCCAGCAUUGAGCAUCUGACUUAUCCCUUCUAUGGCGUACAAUUUCAUCCGGAGAAACCGCUCUACGAGUUUGUCAGCAAUAAGGUGCCGCACUCCCCCUCAGCGGUGCAAAGCUCACAGUAUUUCGCCGACUUCCUCAUCAGCGAAGCGCGCCGCAAUUCCCACAGCUACACCAAUGCCACAGAGCAGGCGCGUUCGCUGAUCUACAACUACAAGCCGGAGUAUACUUCGGUAUUGGGCUCCAGCUAUGUGCAGCAGUAUAUAUUCGGGCAGCCGGACAUCGCUAAUGACGUUGAUGAUGAAAGCACCUAUCCCUAUUACAAUGGUCGCAAUGCUGCUGCAGCUCAAUUCAACGGAUUUCAUUUGGUGCUCGCAUUUUGUUCGACUGUUUUGGCCAUGCUAAUGCAACUUCUUUGCGAGCACUAAUGUCUAUUUGUGGAUUAAGACUGUGCAGACAUCUACCAGAGUUUUUCUUUGUUACUUAGAUAGCUUUUGAUUUUUAUAUCUGCCUGCCUGACGCGACUUUUCGUUUGUAAUGCUUGAUGUGAAUUA